AUGCUCACACGUCUUCAAGGCAAAGAGUUCCCUAAUCACAACACUGUGCCGGUUAUGAUUGUCAGCAUCAUGGCAAGGAUGCAGGCUAGAAUUCUGCAUUUGCACUACAGCCACGCAGGAUUGAUUAUCAGCAAGACAGGCUUCCUCAGCUUCUCUACUGCGGAAAGCGCGACGCUUAACAUGGACAUUGUCUUGGGAAUUAUGGCUUCAAAGGUCAUCGGUGAUACCAAGGAUCCCUCCAACCUUCUAAAGCCCAUAUCUCCUACUGCUACCCCAGCUGAAUCAGUGCUUGAGCCUUGCGAACGCAGCCAAAAAGUAACACAAAGCUUCACCGGUCUGUGA